UAAAAGCGUCUGCUAAAUGGCAUAUUAUUAUUAUAACAUAAGUCGUGUGUAACCAACCUUUUAUUUUGAAAAGCCAACCUUUAUUCUAAAAAACGAUCCAGGAAAUAGCGUAACAACAACAAACAAAAGAGAUGUGUGUGAAACAUACUGUGUAGUCUCAAGACGUUGACUACACUGCAAUGCAAAUUACUAUAACAUAAGUGUUUAACAUAGACAUAGUGCCAAGGACAUGACCGAUACCGUUGCCUUUCAUGCUCAGCUAGCCUCCACCAUUGAGGUUUUGGCGAAUGCAGCCGUUGCCGAAAUCUGCAAACUUGUAGAUGACGGCCAUGCUGCCUUACGUUUGGAGAUUUCCCAUAGCCAGAAAGAAAUCGAUAACCUGCGGAGGAAGCUGCUUUUGACGAAGUUCCAGAAUUCUCGACGGAGCGCAGAGAGAUUCGGAGCCCUGCGACGCACAGUUCACAGACGAGUGGACACCGAUCAUGUUGCCCGGGAAAGAGAGAACUUCGUAGGAAAGUCAACAGGCAGACUUGGAUAUUUGGAAAAUCGUUUUGCCUACAGUGAAAGAGGCAACUGUAUGCAGGUUGUCACCAACUGGACAGACGCAGGAUGCACAGCGACAGACCAGGAUGGGGCCAUGCAGAUAGGAGAUAUGCAAGAGGCACCUCUUAUCAAAUUGGAGAACUUUGAUACCAGCAGAACAGAAGAGAUUGUCCAACCGGUCAGUGAAAAGAUUGUUGUGGCAGAACCAGGUUCUUCAUCAUCUACUGAAACCACAGACCUUCUGGACCAGCAGGGCAACAGACACAGAGCUCCAGACACCACACUCAAUAUAGAACCUGAAAACCAGACGUUCCAGCAUCCAGCAUCACAAUACAACAGAGCAAGACAGGACCAUCAGGUUGCUGAGUGUGUCACCUUGGAAACUGACCAUCAACCCAUAGCAUACAGCCUUUCUCAUUGGACAGAGAACCAAGAGACUGACAACCGAACUGUGAAUGCUCCUCACAAUGCAGGGCCAGACUCCAAGAGGCUGUCUGAACAUCCAGAGAGGAGUGGGGCGCCUGGUAACUCUGGGGUCUGCAUGUCAGCUUUGGGCUCUCUGGACUGGGUGUCUGAUGUGGUGCUGGUGGACUCUGUUCCUAUUAAAGUGGAGGCAGAUAUGAGUUCAGAAUGGACGGGUCAAGAGGUGACAUCUGGAGAGGUCUGUUCAGAGGGCAGGCAGCUUGUGGACAACAGAGGAAGAGGGGGAAUAGAGUCUGGACAGACAAAGUGUCCCACUGACACUCAAAACACAGAGCAAGGGACAACUGUAGGAUCAAGAUACAAGUUGCCAGAUUUCAACGGACUGUCCACCCCAAACAGCUUUUCAUCCCCAAGGGUUACUCUCCAACAGGUUCCCCAAAGAGGGAAGCAAGCACCCUUCCCGAAUUUCAACAGAGGCUCAACUUCUUCAUCGAAAGGCAUAGAAAAGCAGCCGCAACAGCUGACGUCUCACUCCACCAAGAGGCAGCUCCGGUGCACUCUCUGCGGAAAACUUUUCCACCAGCCGGCGCACCUGCGGAGUCACAUGCGGGUCCAUACGGGGGAGAAACCGUUCGGCUGCAGCCACUGCACCAAGCGCUUCUCCCACAGCCACCAGCUGAAGAUGCAUGAGAGGGUGCACACUGGAGAGAAACCGUUUCAAUGUGUCUACUGCGGGAAGUGCUUCACCCAGUCUGGCCACAUGAAGAAGCACCUCCUCGUCCACACUGGCAGCAGGCCACAGGACGUUGGGCUGCCCUGAGUGUUCCAGGGUGAAGUUUCCCCUAGGUACAGAUCUAGGAUCAGCUUCCUCUCCCCAAUCCUAACCUUAACCAUUAGUGGGAAAAAAUGUAUAAGUUAUGAUGUGAAGAUUUUAAACAUGACAUUUUAGUCAGUCAGCAGAAGCUCUUAUCCAUAGCGACUUACAAGAGCAAUAGGGGUUAAGUGCUUUGCUCAAGGCACAUCAACAGAUUUUUCAGCUUGGUCGGCUCAGGGAUUCGAACCUGCGACCUUUCGGUUACUGGCGCAACGCUACCUGCCACUAGGCAAUUUCCAUUAACCUGUCAACAAGAUGGAUUCCCUAUCAGACUGAUAGGCUGUAAAGAUGUAAAGGGAAUUCAUAUCGGUGAAAGAACCGUAAUUAAGAAUUCAGGAAGCUCUGGACAGGUGCCUGGCGAGCAAGGCCUGUUGGUGGUCGAGAGAUCGUUGUUCGGCUCAUCUCGUACCUGGACGCAGAGAAGAGGAGGAGGAAGGCUCAGGGUUCCCGGAGGCCAGCGCACUCCUGGCCCUUGAAACGGACCUGGCGACCCAGCAGUUGCAAGGAGAGCGAGUGCUGACUGAAUGGUAGACUGUCAAUGGUUGCGUUUAUACAGGGUUUAAUAUGGUUGGAUUUGUAGAGAGGUCAAUAAAGCCAUCUUGAUACCCCUUUA